UAUCCAGGAUGUCGUAGAAAGAACAUCUUGAGCACAUCCGGGAUGAUCUUUAGGCAUUGUAAGCUAUCAGGGAAACUUAUUCCUACAUCUCUAAUUUUCCACAGGUCUCGCCAAAUGAUGAUCGUUGAUUUAAGGUAUGCAUGCACGAACCGUUACAAGAAGGUUAUCGAGCACUAAGACUAUGCAAAAGUUUUGAAACCAUCGAAAAGAAAUGUUAAUACAAUGAGGAGAAAGUCCCUGUGCUAACUUGAUAGAUUACAAAAACAAGAAAUGGCUUCUAUGCUACGCGACAUGAUAUACACAUGUCCGAACUGCAACAUAGACUUAAUGAUCAUAAUAAACAACAAUCUCGAAGAUAAAAAUUAUUCAUUCAAGAUCUCGCUAGCUGCUGUACACAAACUGGAGUCGUCGAUGGAAGAGGUGGACACGGAAAUACCUAAGAAUACAUUAGAUUUAGAUAAUGCCUACGUGCAGAAGUCAAGUACAACAGACGAUGAAACGAGAACAUCGUGCAUCGUCGCGAGCGAAAGUACCAAUGAAAAAUACGAAAGCUCGCUACACUUGGAGGAUGAUGACAACGACUGUCUAAGUGCUUAUAUCACAUUUCCAAAUAGAGAAGUUUCAUAUCAAACGAGCAAAGAUACGAGGAAAAGGUGUCAGGAAAGUGUCACUCCGCCCCCGGAUAAUCCUAGCAAGUUGCAGAAACUGGAAACAGAUGUGAACGUAACGCCAAGCAGGUCUCCGAAGUCGUGCAAACUCGACGCCGAACUGCUGAAUUCUGAUUACGACGGUUCCGAUAAUUUGAUAAGAGUAAAAUACGUGAGCGGCAACGUGAAGAGCGUGGUAAAUAUCAAGACGGUGGACGACGACGGGAAUAAUUUCAUGGAGAUCGUGUCGGUGAAGGACAUCGUAGAGCACGGCGAGACGGACGGCAAAGAGGAAUACGACGGUGCGGAGUACGCGACUGAAACGGAGGAGAAACUCGCCGACGAGUAUUCAGUGAAGUGCGAGAACGUCAACAACAAGAGAUGCCCGAGGAUCGAGUGCAACCUGUGCGGGAUACGUUAUCUCUCGCAGAUGAAGUACGAGUUUCACAUGGAGAGGCACAAGCUGGACAAGAUGGACAGGUUCGUCUGCACGAUAUGCGACAAGGAGGCGAGCACUGAGAACUUGCUGUGGGACCACUAUUUCUACACGCACAAGAGCUUCGUGCGAUACGUAUGCGCGAAGUGCAACAAGUCGUUCGCGAGGAAGGCGAGACUGAACACCCAUCAGAAGAGAUACAAGCAUUCCGGCAGCAAGGAGCUCUACUGCACCCCGGACAUGACGAGCGUCGAUGACCAGUCAGGGCGGGAACUCGGCAACUGCAGCAUCUGCGGGAAUCCGGUGACCGACCUAAACCCGAAGGCUAUCAACGACCUGGUGACGUGCGCCGCCUGCGAGGACUCCGCCUUGUCGCUGAUGGUCGACGGUGCUCAGAUGAAGACGAUCACGCCGCGGCAGUAUCACUGCACCCAGUGUCCCAAGCACUUCGUGCACAAGGAGCGGCUGGAGUUCCACGAGAUGCGGCACAACGAGAACAUGAACGAGUUCGUCUGCAGCACCUGCGGCAAGGAGUUCAGGACGGAGAAUUCCCUGUACGAGCACUACCUGUACGUGCACAAGGGCGCGAGGCCGCACAUCUGCGAGCUCUGCGGCAAGUCGUUUCAGCUGAAGAUGCGGCUGAAGGAGCACCUUCGCUUGCACACCGGCGAGAAGCCGUAUCAGUGCGACGUGUGCGGCCAGCGCAUCAACGCCAUCAGCUCGCUGAAGCGUCACAGGAAGACCCAUUUCUCCCACAGCCGCCACCAUUGCAAGAUAUGCGGCAAGUCGUUCACCAAGAUGCAGAACAUGAAUAGGCACCUGGAGAGGCACUGGAAGCUCGACAAGAACGUCUCGCUGCCGCACGUCUUCUCGUGCCCCCUGUGCGGUGAGAUCCUGCCGACCUACCGUAUGCUGAGGUCCCACAUGGUGCAGACUCAUCAGAUCGACGUCCAGGACCCGCUGCUGACUAAGCAGAAGCCGUGGUACGAAUGUAACGAGUGCGACGAGAAGUUCAAGCAUCAGAUGUCUCUGAAGGCGCACAAGGAGAAGGUGCACGAGGGCAAGGUCAGGCCGACGUACGAGUGCGACAUAUGUAAGAGCACGUACAGGAUAAAGCAGAAGCUGGUUAAUCACAUAAGGAUCAAGCACAACGGCGAGAAGCGCUACAAGUGCGCCCAGUGCCAUCAAGGAUUCAACUACACCAAGACCCUGUAUAAUCACGUUCUGCUUCAUACCGGAAGGAAGCCGUUUUACUGCAGGUAUUGCAACAAGAGCUUCCGACGGAAGGAGUCCCGGGACCGUCACCAUCUCAACCACACGGAGGAACGACACUCCCAGGACUCGGACUCGGGCCAGAAGGUCUCAUCCACCAGGAACAUUUGCGAGAAACGCCCCAAGGAGCCAGACGAGGGCGAGAUCUGGUGUUCAGAAUGCGGUGAAAUUUGUAACAAUCAGCAAGAGGUCAGAAUGCACCUGAACAAACACCUAGGCGAAAAGCUGAACAAGCUGCAGGGCGUAUAGUGUUCGACCCAUAUUGCAUGGGUCAAAAGAGAACUUUGUGAAAUCACGUUAGAUUUUGUGAAGGGUUAGUACUUGCGAGAUAUGAUAUAGUACUCAAAGAUUCUGCAUGCCGCAGACGGUCGCUCGAACUAAAUAGAUUAAGUGACUUUGCAUUGUUUUUGACGAAACGAUAAUAUUUUUAAUACGUAAUUACACUCACUUUCCUGUCGUAUCUUAUUAUAGUGUUUGAUCUUGUGUAAAUAUACACGUCUCCUCUGUGAAAUAAUUGUGAAUAUAAAUAUUGUUACACACGCACACACACACACACAUAUCCACGCGCAUAUGUGUGUGUUGUAUGUCAUAUGCACAUACACAUUAUAUCAUCCUGAUUAAAUUCCGAGACGUUUUAUCCUGCAAAACUGUGCUCGAAGAUCACUUCUUAAGUUAUUUAUUAACAGAAAUAUUUAUCACGCGUCGGGUAUAGGAGGUUUCACUCGUUUCGAGAGAUUCUAUUUAUUACAAGGUAAACUGCAACGUGUAGCUACAUAAUGAGUAUGAAUAUUACAUUAAUUUGCUUAGAGAUUUUCUCAUUAGACAU